AUGGAACUACUGGAGCCCAAAGUUACAACAAAAAAGGCCACAUUUGGCAUGUCAUGAUUCUGGUUUCCUGAGGCCCAGUUCGGUGCUGCACCUGGUGUUAUCAGGACACGAGUUGGCUUCGCCGGUGGGUCCAAGGUCAAUCCAAGCUAUCGCAGUUUAGGUGAUCAUACAGAAACUGUGGAUAUAGACUAUGAUCCAGAUCAAACAGACUAUGCUGCUCUUUUGUCAAUAUUUUGGAAGUAUCAUGAUCCAACAUCAAAAUGCUCACGUCAGUAUAUGUCUGCUAUCUUCUACCAUGACGAGGAACAGAAGCAUAUUGCUGAGGAGACCAUGAGAGCUGAACAAGAGAAACACCUACGUCCAAUCACAACCUCCAUUCUUCCUUUUAGUGCUUUUUAUAUAGCAGAAGAUUACCAUCAGAAGUACCUUCUUCAACGCCACCCAGUACUUAUGAAUGCCCUUGACAUUGAUCCAGGAGACGACUUGAUAGAUAAUCAUGUAGCUGCUCGCAUCAAUGGCUAUGUUGGAGGCUAUGGGACGGUGCCUCAGUUUGACAAGGAAUGGCACCAGUGGGGAAUUAACGAGAAGAUGGCCGACUACAUACGAAAAGCAAUUACAUCUUCACCACGUGACUUAUGCUAAAUUAUGGAACAGUAGAUUUAAUUGCUAUUGUGGAAAUGAGAUAUUAGAUCAUAGGAACAGAUAAAUUUUUAAUUCAGAAUUUUAAUAUAAUCAUAUUUAUAUUAAGAUGUAUUAUUAAUCAAAGGAUUUACUGUACUUGAUUGGUAACUUCUUAAACAACAUUGCUUGCUUAUCACAUUUUAAAUUAUUAGUUUUCAAAUUUGAUAUAAAAUUUACACUUGUUUAACUUGGGAAAACUACUUUAAUCAUCAAAUUAUGUAGUCCCAAAAUAGUGUUAAUUGUUUAAAUAACUUAUUUUGAGUGUUGCAUUGUUUGAAGUGAUAAUAAAGUUUUUGAUGAAUUAGUUAACUGCAAAAGUUUGUGAUUGUUGAAUAUUGUGUUGUUGCAUACUGUAAAUUUGAGUGAAUGGUGUAAAUGUGUGCUUCUAUUCCUACCACAGUUCCAGGCCAAACUGCACACCAUAAAAUGCAAUAGAAUUCUUGUGUGUGCUCUUGGUGUCAUGCUGAAGAGAUGAUUCAGUCUUAUCAUAGAUAUUAUUUUGCCUAAUCCUGUACUAGAGAGGAGAAGAGUUGAUCAGGAGUUCUUUGCACAAAUAUGCUACAAGAAAAUAUGUCCAAUAGCAAUAUGAUUUAGAGGAUUAUGAACAAAUUCACAGAGGCCUUGACGAGGGUUCGUACCUAUACACUGGAUGUUCCCAGAUGCGCUCUAGUCAGCUGUAUCACAACAUGGUACAGUUGACCAGAGCGCAUCUGGAAACAUCCAGCGCAUAGGUUCUAAAACUAAUCAAGGGGCCCCCUGUGAAUUUGUUCAUUGACAUAUCACGUUAUUGUGAUUUCUGUGUGUGUGUUUAGAAGAUUCUUCUCAUCUCUGUACUGUACUGAAGAUUUGAUGACCAUUGCGUCGGCGUGAGAACCACCUGCACAGCAGACCACUACCUCUCCUUCAAAGUAUUGCAAUAGUGCCUCACCAGAAGACCCAAGCCUGGAGUCAUGAGUAGGAAAUGAUAUAAAUUUGUUUAGAAUACUGGUGUUUUUUUUUAUUUAUCUUCAUAUAUUAGAUGUACUAUAGUAUUUAGCAAGUUUAUGCAUUUUGAAGAGUGACCAUUGAUAUUGGUAAUGCCACAGUUGUCUGUCUCCUGGUAUACUGAUUGUUAUUGUUGGGGUGCUGCUUAUAACCCUUCAUUAAUACCCCAGGGUGUUCUUUCACCCCAGCACAAAAUAAUUACAAAAUAAGUUAAGAGCCAUUAUGUAAUUCAACAUAGAUUUAUAUUGACAGUCUUGUGAUUCUAAGAAUCUUCUGAGAAUCUUGUAAUUUGCUGCAUUAUAUUUUAUAUCGAUUUAAUUUUUUUUCCAUGGCACAUCGUUAUAUUAAGUUUUGUACGGGUAUUUAUUAUGGUGAUGAAAAAAAUAUGAAAGGUUAUUUGGCAAAUGCAUCAGUAACAAUCAGUAUACUGUAAAUGAGGUAGCCUUCAAUGUUCCUAUAAUCCAACACACUUGUGUGAAGGAAUUUAUUCCUUGCUCUGACUUGUCACCUGAUGAACUUUUUUUUCAAUACAUAAUUAACAAGCAUCAUGCUGCGGUCACAACACUCAUGCUUACCACAAGUGUUACACACUGUAUGUUGUGAUCUUGUGAUCUUUCACAAAAGCUAUAUCACUUUGCCCCUUAUAUUUCGUGCUGGGAGGAAGUAAAGACAGUUGCUUCUUCUGGCAAGACUUAUCUGAUUUUAUCUCAUUCUUCUGUAGCAUUUGUUCUAAAAUCUCAUCAGUAAUUGCUACAUGAAAUUGAUACAUUAGUACCUAAAUUCUCUAUGAAUAAUCAGUGCUUUAACUGGAAUGAUUCCACCCACCAAGAGAAAGAAAAUUAUUCUGCCUCACAUGAUCUGAGUUAGGAUGGCUGGAACUUUAGUGCUUAUAACCCUGUGAUUCAUUAAGGCACAAAAAAGAUCAGGAAUAUCAGUACUGUAUUGCCUUCUCUAAAAUACAAGUACAUAAAUCAAUUUUGAAGUGUAACCCCCCCUCCCUCCCCAGGUACUGAUGUAAGGUUAAUAGUGCUGUUACUCCUAUGUCUGCUGUUAUUAAUGACUUGUUGCUUUAUAGUAUGUUGAAUAACUCUGCGUGGUUGUCUUCAUCUGUCUGGGUUCAUUGGUUUGCGUGUCGGACGUUCACUAUUUUUCCAAAUGCUAGUUCACAAUACUCUUUAGUCUGGUUGAUUAUACAUCUCCAGACAUAUGGUAAUCUGAUGCCUUGAUAUAUGAAAUCAUUAGCUUUUUCAUAAUUAAUUUUAAGCAUCAAUUAGAAGCUUUGAAAGUUUGAUAGGUUUUACCUAUCAUAGUUUGAUAGGUUUUACCUAUCAUAGUUUGAUAGGAUAGGAUAGGUAUGUGCAGAAACUAAGCGCUGUAUUGUUCAAUAAAAGUUACACCUUAUUCUUCAUGAAUGUUGCACUAGAAGUAAUUCAUCUUUAACUUUUGUUAAUGUAGUUAUUGGUAUUGAAUGUUAGGCAAAAUGAGCAAUUUAAAUUAUAUUUUUUUCAAGAAGCAAAAAAACUUUUAGAAAAUAAAAGAAGUUACCAUCUGAAGAAUACAACUCAAAUAGUGAUUUCUUAGAUACUGUUGCUAAUGACAUUAUGGGGGCAACAGUAUUUUGAAAUCAUCUGGCAGGAAAACAAUUUACUUUGCAAUAUCGAUUAAGGAUGGAGGAUAUUAUAGUAGGAUGUAAAUUUAAUUUUAUAUAAUUUAUGCACUAAACACUGAUGCCUUCUCUUAUCCAGGUUUAUCUUUAACAUUAUUGUACUGUAUUAUAAAAAAAAAGUAUUUUUAAUGAAUGUUCUGUACCAUUAUAAAUUAUUUUAUGAACUAAGAGGAAGUUUGUCCUACUGUACGUGUUGAAAACUAGUUGCAGGGUAGUACAUGCUGUUCCAAAAGUGAAAAGUCUGUUUCUAACGUUUAAGCAGUCACAGGGGGUCACGUGUAACAGACUAGAUAACCGACACUCUUCCUAGCACUCUAUGAAACUGGAGAAUGAAAGCACACAGCUGUUCUCAGGUGGAUGAAGUUACAUUGCUGGGAUUGAUUGUGGGUAUUUUGUAGCUCUUACAUGUGGCUGGCUGUACUACUAAGCAAUCGUGCAGUUUUUAUUAGGUUGAGAUAUUAGCCUUCCGUUAUGCAGAUAACUAGUGUAUUGGUAAAUUAAUUUUGAUUAAUACUACUCACUUGCAAUAAAUAUUGUUUGAAACCAA